AUGGGUAUGGAUAGGAUGAUGAAUGAAAACUACGGCGUUGAUUCCGUGUGUACAUCGGCGGGGAAAUUCGCCGUCGACGGCGAUUGUUACAGUUACACUUGGUGCGUUCUAUACAACGGCGCAUACAUCGAAAACAACUUCACUUGUCCAACUGGAAGACCUUUCAACAGUACGACCGGAAUAUGUGACUCUUCAUCGACUUGUAGUAAUACUACGACUACUACAAAUUCAACUACAACUACGAAUUCCACCACGUUUGAAUGUACGGAAGCUGGAAAAUUUAGCGGUAGCGGUUGUUAUAAUUAUUAUUGGUGCGUUUACUAUAAUGGGUACUACAUAUUGAAUAAUUUCAGUUGUCCAACGGGAAGACCUUUCAAUAAUGCCACGGGAACAUGUGAUUCUACUUUGACUUGUUCUUGA